AAAUUGAACUGCAAGAAGAUUCGAAUCGUGAUUCGUAAGCAGCGAGUAUUCUUGAAGCAGUGGCUUUUUCACCUGCGACCCGGUGUUUGGAACCAAACCACCUCAAUCUCAUCUCUUCGAGUUCUGUCUCUGAUACCUGCGGCACUUCGUUUUUCUUUCUCAGUUGGGUACAUCAAAUUUCUGCUUCUUCCUCAUGAAUACCCAUUACGUGAAGCAACUGCUCCGUAAUAUCUAUUGUACGAGAUCUCUUAUCAAUAGAGAAGAACCGUACCGGAGCUAUAUGCAUAGUGUUUUUAACCGGCUUCAAUUGCAAAGGUCAAAAGCAGACAAGGUAGAAAAAGAUAAGCUAAAAGAAGAGCAAGAAAGAACUCAGACUUCUUUCAAAUCUGAAGUUAAGAAGAAGGAAGACUAUAAUUAUGGGAUUAGCAAAUACAGUUCUGAUGAUGAAGAUCCCUCAGAUAGUAAGUGGAAGUUAGAGCUGGCUUGGCUCACGAAGGCACUUGAACCAGCCCUACAAUUCUGGAGGUGGCCUCCGCCAACAGGAGAAGGAAUUGGAAACAAACCUCCACCAAGCAAUCGGUCCCUUAUGGAAAUAAUUGCCUGCAUACAACGGAGCAAGAUUGGAAUCCAGGAUUGGAGUUUAAGUGACCUUACAGUUGGCUUAUAUCUGAUCUAUCUUCGUCAAGCUUCCACACAUCCAUUUGAAGAUAUCAAAGGCAUCGAGAUAUCAUCAGAAUCAAUAGUUCAUGAUCUAAUUUAUCAUCUUGAGUUGGCUAAAGGUGCUUACAAGGAUAGUCCUGCAGUUCUUUGUAGGAACAGCAUGCUCCGAGAAAGUAAUGUCAUAAAAUUUAUUAAUAACUCCAGUGUAAUGAGACCUGCAUAUUAUAUAGGGAUUGAUCCCCGUAAAAAGCUUGUAAUUUUGGGCAUUCGUGGCACUCAUGCUUUAUAUGACCUUAUCACUGAUAUUGCCUCCUCAAGUGAUGGUGAUGUCACCUUUGAUGGCUAUUCAACCCACUUUGGCACUGCUGAAUCUGCUCGUUGGUUCCUUCGUCAUGAGAUUGAGAUCAUAAGAAAUAUUUUAGAGAAACAUGAGGGAUUUAGGUUAAGACUUGUAGGUCAUUCUCUGGGAGGUGCUAUAGCUUCUUUACUAGCAACAAUGAUCCAUAGAAAAUCAUCGAAGGAGCUGGGUUUUAACCCUGAGAUUGUAUCUGCUGUUACAUAUGGAACUCCACCAUGUGUCUCCAGAGGACUUGCUGAGAGCUGCUCUGGCUAUGUAACAACAGUUGUGAUGCAGGAUGAUAUUAUACCUAGAUUGAGUGUAGCAUCCCUUACAAGGCUUAGAAAUGAAAUUCUCCAAACUGAUUGGACGAGCGUAAUUGAGAAAGAAGACUGGAAAAAUGUUAUAGAUUUGGUUACGAAUGCAAAGCAGGUCGUGUCUUCAGCGCAAGAUGUAGCUCGCAAACUUGCUGAUUAUGCAAAUUUCAGGAGAAACAAAAGUUCAACUGCUGGUCCAACUGGUAAGGAGUUACCUGUUGCUAGAGAAGCUCCUCUACCUCCCAAAGAAGAAAAGGAGAAUUCAGGUAUCAUGAAAAUUGAGGGAACUAAACCUGCAGUAUCUGAGGAGUUAUAUAUACCCGGGACUGUUUAUUAUCUGAAGAGGAACUCAGGAUCCCAAAAUAACGUUGGAAAAGAUUUUUUCACCCUUUUGAAGAUGCAAUCUGGAGAGCAUUUCCCAAGGAUCAUCCUUUCAGGAAAUUUUAUCACAGACCACAGAUGUGAUAGCCAUAAUUAUGCUUUGAGAGAUGUUCUUAAAGGUUUGCCUUGGUACGGCGAGGAAGGUAUUUUUAGAUAACCACUAUUUUUAAUUAAUUUUUAUUUUCAUGAUGCUGCAAUAAACUGUACAUUAUAUAACUAGUUUUCUGCACUUAGAUGUGCCUCACUGCUCUGUAGUGUGUGCAGUGGUGUCAGGAACAGCAUCGUAGAUUAGAAGUUAGGCAAUUUCUGUAAACACAAUAAGAAUUAUAGGUAGUUUCUCCUAUCCUCAAAUAAACACUGAAUUAGUUCUGGAGCAAUUAUUUAAUCAUUCUUUUCAUUUC